GACAGCGAUUUUGGGGCUGCAGUGUGUUCGCUGCUGCAGGGAGCUGCGCGGAGAGUUUGGGAAAGCUGAAAAGCCACGACAUGAUAUUUCUCUUCCAAGGUGAUAUCCCAUUUAAGGGUACAGAAAUGACAGAGGUGACCCUCCAGUUUACUUCUAAAGUGACUUGAAUGCUGUGACCUAUGAUGAUGUGCAUGUCAACUUCACUUGGGAAGAAUGGAGUUUGCUGGAUCCUUCCCAGAAGAAUCUCUACAAAGACGUGAUGCUGGAGAUCUACAGAAACCUCAGUACUAUUGGAUACAGUUGGGAAGACCAUAAUAAUGAAGAACAUUGUCAAAGUUCAAGAAAACAUUCAAGUGUUUACCUGUGCCAAUUAUUCUUGCAGGCUUGAAAGAAGUCAAACUGGAGAAAAACCUUCUAUAUAUACUAAAUAUGUUAAAGCCUUUGCCUAUGACAGUCAUUUUCAAUGGAAUGAAAGAGCAUAUACUGGAAAGAAACCCUCUGAGUGUAAUCAGUGUGGAAAAGGCUUUGUAGAUCUCAGUACUCUCCAAAGACAUAAAAGAAUACAUACUGGAGAGAAACCCUAUGCAUGUGACCAGUGUGGUAAAGCCUUUGCACGUUACAGUAAUCUUCUAAUGCAUAAAAGAACACAUACUGGAGAGAAACCAUAUAAAUGCGAUCAGUGUGGUAAAGCCUUUGCACGAUACAGUCAUCUUCUAAUGCAUGAAAGAAUACAUACUGGAGAGAAACCCUAUGAAUGUACUCAAUGUGGUACAGCCUUUACAUUUCACAGUUCUCUUCAACGGCAUGAAAGAACACAUACUGGAGAGAAACCCUAUGGAUGUAUUCAAUGUGGUAAAGCAUUUUCACAACUCAGUAAUCUUCAAAUGCAUGAAAGAACACACACUGGAGAGAAACCUUAUGAAUGUAACCAGUGUGGUAAGGCUUUUGCUCAUCUUGGUCAUCUUCAACGGCAUGAAAGAAUACAUACUGGAGAGAAACCCUAUGAAUGUAUUCAGUGUGGGAAAGCCUUUGCACAUCUCAAUACUCUUCAAAUGCAUAAAAGAGCACAUACUGGAGAGAAACCCUAUGAAUGUGAUCAGUGUGGUAAAGCCUUCGCACAGCAUAGUCAACUUCUACUGCAUAAAAGAACACAUACUGGAGAGAAACCCUAUGAAUGUAAUCUAUGUGGUAAAUCCUAUGCACAUCUUAGUAGUCUUCAAAUGCAUGAAAGAACACAUACUGGAGAGAAACCCUAUGAAUGUAAUCAGUGUGGUAAAGCUUUUACAAGUCAGAGUUAUUUCCGAAUACAUAUAAGGACACAUUCUGGAGAAAAACCCUAUGAAUGUAAUCAAUGUGGUAAAGCCUUUGCAUGUCACAAAAGUCUUCAAAGGCAUGAAAGAACACAUACUGGUGAGAAACCCUAUGAAUGUAUUCAGUGUGGGAAAGCCUUUGCACAUCUCAGUACUCUUCAGAUACAUAAAAGAGCACAUACUGGAGAGAAACCCUAUGAAUGUAAUCAGUGUGGUAAAGCCUUCGCACGUCCCAGUCAUCUUCAAAUGCAUGACAGAACACAUACAGGAGAGAAACCCUAUGAAUGUAAUCAGUGUGGUAAAGCCUUCGCACAGCACGGUCAUCUUCAAAUGCAUAAAAGAACCCAUACUGGAGAGAAACCCUAUAAAUGUAACCAGUGUGGUAAAGCCUUUGCAUGUAUCAGUAGUCUUCAAAAUCAUGAGAAAAAAUCAUACUGCAGAGAAACCAUAUAAAUGUUGUCAAUGUGGUAAAGUUUUGCACUUUAUUCAGGAGUAAAAGUUUUGUGUGCAAUCAAUCUCUUAAAGCCUUUGCAUAUUGCAGUAAUCAUAUGAAAAAAACUAAUACUGAAAAUCUUGUUGCUAUAAAGUAUUUGGUAAGAUCUUCAGCCAACUCAUGUAUAUUCAGUUACAUAAGAGUAUUCUGGAAAAGAGAUUUUGACAGUGUCACCAACCUAUUCAAGCAUUAUUAUGUCUGUCUCUAUUUUGUUUGCCAACUCCAUGGAACAAAAGCCCUAUGAGUUUAAAUGGGUAACUGUAGCAAUAUUUUGUUUAUGAUCUAACAAAUAAAACUUGCCUGAAGAUCAGGGUGCAAAACUAGCCACACUAGUUAGCCAUAGAGGCCAGGCAGUGGUGGUUUAUAUGUUUAAUCCCAGACAGAGGCA